AUGGACGAGCUCCGAGAUAACCUCGGCACUUACCCAGACUGGGGAUUUGUCAUAUAUCGCACUACCUACUCCGCUGAUUCAGAUACUCUAUUUCCAGACGCUAUUCGGUUUAUUGAGGCCUGUUUCAAGCAAGAAUUCUUCCAAGAAACCAAAGAAUAUCCACCAAAUGAGCCUAAUGAAAUCUGGGCCAAACAGCGGUCGACCAUCUUGCAAAAUCCGGCGCAAUUUAACGGGGCGUCUCUCGAAGCAAUUCGUGCUUAUUUGAGGCCUGGGUGGACACUCAAGGCAUGCGUGACGGUUGGACCAAAUGGCGAAUGUGCAUGA